AUGCCAAUAAUUUCCCGAAGAAAUAUUAACACAUAUAAGGAUUCAAAGUCCGAGUUAUCCGAAGAGGAAGUUGCUAUUAGAGAUACAGCUCGAAAAUAUUGUCAAGAAAAACUUUUUCCACGAAUUUUGGAAGCCUAUCGUCAAGAACGAUUUGAUCGAGAAAUUAUUAGUGAAAUGGGAGAAUUGGGUUUGUUAGGAGCUACUAUCAAAGGAUACGGUUGUCCUGGUAUCUCUUCAGUGGCAUAUGGUUUAAUCGCUCGUGAAGUUGAAAGAGUAGAUAGUGGAUAUCGAUCUGCUAUGAGUGUUCAAUCAUCAUUAGUCAUGCAUCCUAUAUAUUCAUUCGGUACCGACGCACAAAAGGAAAAAUAUUUACAGAAAUUAGCCGAAGGUAAGAUUGUUGGCUCUUUUGGAUUAACUGAACCUAAUCAUGGUUCCGAUCCGGCUGGCAUGCGAACUUUCUCACAAAAGAAAAAUGGAGUAUAUGUUUUAAAUGGGUCAAAAACCUGGAUUACAAAUUCUCCGAUUGCUGAUAUUUUUAUUGUUUGGGCAAAGUCUAAAGAAGAUAAUAAAAUUCGAGGAUUUAUUUUGGAAAAGGGCAUGAAAGGGUUAUCGACACCAACUAUUAAAGGUAAAUUAUCAUUAAGAGCAUCCAUCACCGGAAUGAUUGUAAUGGAUAACGUUGAAGUUCCCGAAGAAAAUUUACUUCCACACGUGGAAGGUUUAAAGGGACCUUUUAGUUGUCUCAAUAAUGCACGUUAUGGAAUUGCCUGGGGAGUACUUGGAUCAUCAGAAUUUUGUUUCAGUGAAGCACGUAAUUAUUCACUUGAUCGUGAACAAUUCGGUUCACCGUUGGCAAGAUUUCAAUUGGUUCAAAAAAAAUUUGCUGAUGCUAAUACCGAGAUUGCUCUUGGUCUUCAAGCUUGCCUUCGAGUAGGAAGACUAAAAGAUGAAGGAAAAGCAGUCCCAGAAAUGAUAUCACUCAUUAAACGUAAUUCUUGUUUUAAAGCAUUAGAAAUUGCACGUUCGAUGAGAGAGAUUCUGGGUGGUAAUGGUAUAAGUGAUGAAUUUCAUAUAAUAAGGCAUGAACAAAAUUUAGUUACAACAUCUACUUACGAAGGAAAAGCUAUUACUGGACUUCAAGCAUUCACUGCAUCUUAA